AUGUAUAGCUCCAAAAGAGGCUACCCGACAGUCCAUUCCGAUCCCAACAUCUCCUCCUCUUACACCACCGCCGCCACCGCCGCCGCGCACGAUGAAUUCGCCGCCAGGAACAGCUGCGUCUCCUCCUUCGAUCGCGCCGGCGCCACCGCCGAAGGCUCUCCGAUGACGACGUCCCCAUGGAACCAGACCUCCCCCUUCGCCAAAUCCCCAUGGUCAAAUUAUUCUCCGGCGAAUCUCCCGCCGACAGGCCUCAUCGGAAGCCUUGUCCGAGAAGAAGGCCACAUUUAUUCCCUGGCCGUUAACGAGAAGCUUCUCUACACAGGCUCCGACAGCAAGAACAUUCGUGUGUGGAAGAAGAUGGAGGAAUUCUCGGCGUUUAAAUCCAAUAGCGGGCUGGUGAAGGCGAUUGUGAUUUCCGGCGACCGGAUAUUCACCGGACAUCAGGACGGGAAGAUUAGGGUUUGGAAAGUGAGUUCCGCGGCCGGCGGGGUGCACAAGCGCGUGGGGACAAUGCCGACGUUUUAUGAUAUACUGAAAGCGUCGAUCAGGCCGAGGAAUUACGUGGAGGUCACGCGCCGCCGCAGCGCGGUGUGGAUUAGACACGCCGAUGCUGUUUCGUGCCUGAGCAUGAAUCGGGAGACGGGGCUGCUUUACUCGGCGUCGUGGGACACCACGUUUAAGGUUUGGAGAGUGGAGACGUCGAAAUGCAUCGAGUCGGUGGCGGCGCAUGACGACGCCGUCAAUUCCGUCGUCGCCGCCUCCGACGGGAUAGUGUACAGCGGCUCCGCCGACGGCACCGUCAAGGUCUGGAAACGGGAGCAGAACGGCAAGAUUGUGCGCCACGCGCUGACGCACACUCUCCUCAGCCAGGAAUACGCCGUCACGGCGCUGGCCGUCGGCGCCGCCGGCGCCGUCGUCUACUGCGGCUCCUCCGACGGGCUCGUCAAUUUCUGGCUCCGUGAGAAGCACCAGCUCUCGCACGGCGGCGUCCUCCGCGGCCACAAGCUGGCGGUGCUCUGCCUGGCGGCGGCCGGAAAUAAUUUGGUGUUCACCGGCUCCGCCGACAAGACGAUAUGCUCGUGGCGGCGGGACGGCGCUGUGCACACGUGUCUGUCGGUGCUAACGGGGCACACCGGGCCGGUGAAGUGCCUGGCGGUGGAGGCGGAGUCGCCGGCGGCCGGCGGCGGGGAUAAUAAGUGGGUGGUGUACAGUGGAAGUUUGGAUAAGUCGGUGAAGGUGUGGAGCGUGGCUGAAACGACGCCGUAUUGGCCCGGAGAUUAUAGUUGGGACUCCGUUCCGUCUGCAAACCACUGAUCUAUCCAACACUUUAGACAGUUUAGUUGUUAGUAUUAAUUAUUAUU